AUGCUCAAGAAGAUUGCGCAGUCACAAUCGACAAUGGUCAAGCUUGACCGCCCCAUUUGUCCAUCAGAGCGACAAAUGCCAGAUGUGAAAACCGGCCAAGAGUUUGGUGCGGCAGGAAACUGUGUAAAUAGGAAGUGGGCUAUUGAUCAGCUCGGGCGUGCGGGACGGGGCGGUGUCACGCGGGCAGAGGGACGCGGAGCAGAGGCGCGACCAGUCGCCGUUUGGGCGGGCGGUGCGUGCCGCGGGCGGCGUGCGUUCCCCCCGGGUUCAAGGGCAAGGUCUUUGCCCAUUCACUUCUGA